AUGGUGCGAGCCUGUUGUAUCCCGGGAUGUUUGUCGGGACAAAACGUUCCAUCUCAUAUGUUUCCAAAAGAUAUUGAACGCCACAAGCAAUGGUUUAAGGAAUUGAACAUGAAAGUAAUAGAGGACGAAAAAGAACUUAAAAAAUUAAGAAUUUGCUAUCAGCAUUUUCGUAAUGAAGAUUACACUAAUUCUCCAACAAGAAGAACUUUAGAACGAAAUGCUAUUCCAUCUAUAAAUGUACUGCAACAUGCAGAUGGUAUGAAUGUCGAACAUAUACUACAACACACGGAUGGUAUGAAUGUCGAACAUAUACCACAAUACACGGAUGGUAUGAAUGUCGAACAUAUACCACAACACACAGAUAGUAUGAAUGUCGAACAUAUACCACGACACACAGAUGCAGAAGAUGAUAUAGACUGUGCUCCAGCAGAGAGAAAAAAAGUGAGAAAAAAAGUGCACAAAAUUUUGGCCGACAAAGAUGACAAAGUUUCGGAAAUAGCUGGCAUCCAAAGAGUAAUAGCGAUUAAAAUUGGCGCUAAAGUGAUGAUUCGACGAAACAUUGAUGUAACUUUGGGAUUUGUCAAUGGAACGAUAGGCAAUAUAGUUGCAGUUAAUCACUCUGAUUGA